GAUUUUAUCAUCAUUAACAUCAUAUUUUUAAAAAAUAUGCAGUUCAGUCGUACAAUUUGGAUGCUCGGUACUAUUAUGUGGAUUAACUCGGAUUAAUUAAAAUUCUAUUUCAGAUGGAAAAUCAAAUUAUAUGUCCGUUAACUUAACUUGAUAACGUGUGCGCGUAAAUAUAUUAGUCUGAUUUAGGUGUUCAGUCUGUAUUUUUUAAAAAGAAAAUUCUUUGAUCAGUAAGUGAUAUAAUAUCAAGUGAUGUAAAGGGGUCAAGUUUAGGUGAAUGUAUGAACAGAACGUUUGUAUAUAUAUUCUGAACGACGUAAAUGAAUCGUGUGUAUAUAUAAAAGUUUAAGUAUAUCAUAGCACUAUAUACUUAAUACUAUGUUAUUAUAACUGUAUGAAGAAAUCUGCUACGUUGGAAUGUUAUAUUAGGUCAAAAGGCUUGAAAAUAUUCAUUAUGUACAUCAUAUAAAAGACUAAAAUAGCUGUCAGUCUACACUCAUCAUUUCUGAUAAAACACAUAUGCCCAAAGUACGUUGCGUCGUGAAAGGCUGUUGAUAUUGGAUUCUCGGACUUUUUAUAGGGUUUGACGGGAACAUUUGUGUCGUCAUGCCUCAAUACUUACAGUUUAUAAGUGGUAGAAAAGAAGCAUUGAAUAUUCUCUACGAGGAAAAAUAAUAAUUAAGGAAAACAUGGCGCCUAGAGAAAGGAGUGAAGUGAACAUAUGUUUUAAAUAUUUUUUGUUCUUUGCCAACUGUAUUUUUCUGUUGAUUGGUUUGGCCGAAACAGGUGUCGGUAGUUAUGUGUUAUAUUUUAAAGAAAAAACAAUACGUACAGCAAUAGAUUUUUUAUUUGAUCCGAGUGUUAUGUUAGUAUUCAUUGGAUCUAUUGUUAUCUUUGUUUCUUUCUUUGGUUGUGUUGGAUCACUGAGAGAAACGCUGUGCUGUCUUAAAUUUUAUUAUAUCAUACUAACAUUACUGUUAUUACUAGAGAUAAUAGCUAUUGUGUUCGUCUUCUUGUUUUAUGGUGUUCCGGAAGUAAGGACACAACUGAAACUCUACCCAGAAGAUACUUUACGUGACGCAGUCAUACAGUACAGAGAAGAUGAAGAUAUGCAAAAUUUUAUUGAUGAAAUGCAAAUGCAGUUAAAAUGUUGUGGUUUAAGUAAUGAUGAAAUGGGAUAUAGAGAUUGGAAUGUAAACCAAUAUUUUAACUGUUCUGACUCCAAUCCUAGCUCAGAGAGAUGUGGGGUACCAUGGUCUUGUUGUAUAAUACAACCUGGUAAAGCUAUCAACUACCAGUGUGGUGGUAAUACUUACAAUGAGCCUACGGGUAUCUAUACCAAUGGAUGUUUAAAGGGUCUUGAGAUAUGGUUGAAUGAUAAUGCCAUUAUAAUAGGUGGUGUAGCUAUUGGAAUCUUGAUACCUCAGGCACUUUUUAUUUAUAUGGGCAAAACAAUGACAUGGCAGAUUCAAGCACAAAUGGAUAAAUGGAGAUAA